AUGCUGGGUCGCCGUCUUCAGUCGGACAAGGUCAUUGUCAUCGUCAUCGUCGUCAUCGUCGGCAUCAUCGUCAUCAUUGUCAUCGCCGUCAUCGUUGUCGCAAACUCGCAAACAGGUCACCCCGCAAUCUGGGUCGGCUCAUGCUUCUCGCUCGCCGGUCCGCCGCUGCAGUGGAUGCACGCGCUGGCGUCGUCGACCUCGGUGUUCACGGCGCUGGGCUUGCAUCGGGUGACGGGUGGACUGAUCUCGAGGGCAACGACGGCGACAGCGGCGGCAGCAGAGUCCGCGCUGGAUCAGGCCGGAAUGAGUGAGGCUGGAGUGGUGCCGCGGCUGAAGGAAGGUGGACUGGUGGUCUAUCUUCCGCAUGAGGUUACAGGCGAGGCGGUGGAGGCAGCGGCGGAGGUGUUGCGUGGCGAGGGAUCGGGUCUGCCAAUACGGGCGCGCGGGGAUGUCCAUGCAAUCCGCGGCAAGCCGAUGCUGGAGGACAUUGCGGAUGUGUGGCCGUCGUCGCAUCUCUCGCUGGUCCUGCCGUCAAAGGAGAUGCUGGCGUCUGAGGUGUACAAGCUGCUGCGGCCGUAUGGGGUUCUGCGGUCGCUGACGGUCAGCAAGGACACGGCGUCGGCGUCGUACGUCACGUUCACGUCUGCGGCUGCAGCGCGAGUGUGCCUCCACGAGGCGCUUGACCGUAAGCUUUUGUUGGAGUAUGUGCGCAAGCCGUGGUUUGCCGGCUUGCAGGCCAUCGCGUCGACGCCCAAACUCCUGCCGCUGGUGACGAUUCUAGCGUCGAUCACGGUCUCGGCCACAGCAGUUCUGCUCAUCGAGCCGCUGCGCGUGUUCAAUGUGGCGCAAGCAGUGUCGUCAGCUACGAUUGCAGGCUCGGACGACGACGCGUCGUUUGAGCGCGAGGCCCAGCUUCUGUCGCGGGCUGUGGCGUGCGGCACGCUGGCGGCGCUGACCGACGCGCUGGAGACGCAUCGAGUCCUUGUUAUUGUAGGCGAGCCGGGCAUGUGCAAGACCCGGCAGGUGGCGGCGGCAGUAGGCGUCGAGCGCAAGCGGGUGCUGCGUAUUGCGUGUCGGGCUCGGUCGUCGGGGGCGGCGACGGCCAACGCGUUCUUGGACGAGUUGGAGGAGGUGGUCGGCUACCGGCCGUCGUUUUCGACCCUCUCGGCGGUCUUUCGCUACGUCGAGGCGUUCUUGCCCAAGGGCUCUGAACUCCAGGCGUCGUCGAUUGAGUCGCGGCUGGAGGCCACGCUCUCGACGCUGGCGAUCGCGCUCUCUGUGCUUGACCUGCAGACCGACCUACUUGCCGUUGGCGGGAGAUCUGGGCGUGGGCAAGCGGUGGUGGUCAUUGACGGGCUCGGCGACGUGCUGGCGGAGCUCGAUGCAGGCGCGGUCGAGGCUGUGCUCGAGACCUUUGUGCGGUGGCUCGUCCGAGUGGGAACGUCAGCGCGGGUGGUGUUUGUCGACGAUUCCGACCAUGCGCAGUCGCUGCUGGACACACUGCUGCGGUCGCGGUCGCUCGACGCGUCGGCGCUGUUCCUCAACGAUCUGAGCGAGGGCGAGGCGGUCCAGUACCUAGCGCGGUACCGAAUUGCUCUCAGCGAGCGCCAGAGCCGAGGCGGCAGCGGCGACGGCGGCACCGAUGAGGAUGCGGAGCGCGAGAGCAUGCGGUCUGCGCUCGGCAAGGCAUCGCACUCGCUGGUGGGCCAGCUUUCGCUGCUGUGGCAGUUGGUGGGACUCGAAUUGGAGAGCCACAAGCGGCAUGAGGCGCUGGCGGACACGCAGUAUGACAGCGCCGAGGAGGUGCUCGAGACGGUGCCGCCGGUGGUGCACUCGGAGCUGCUUCGUGUGGUGGACGCUGUGGGCGGGCGGAUUGCAGACUUGUCCGAGGUGGCGCGGCGGGCGUUUGCGACGGCUGGUGGCGCUGGAUCGCCGCUGGAGGCACUGGCCAAGAUGCAGCUCGAGGCCGAGCGUGUGGUGCGGCGGCUGGCCGAGUCUGCGGCGACGCCCGGCAAGUCGCUCGAAGUCUACGACACUAUCGUGAUGGUGGCGCGGGCCGGCGUGGGCGGCGAGUCGUAUGCCGCCAUUGCGGCGGAUGCUUUUGACGGCAAGUCAGGCGCGCUUGACGAGCUGCUCAAGGAUUCGGACGUAUUUGUCCUGCAGUACGACCCGACGACGCAGUCGCGGCGGGUAGCCGCGGUCUCGCCGCUGGUGCGCCACGCAUGCGAGCAGGUGGCCGGUGACGCGCGAGUCGCCGACGUCAUGCGCACGCGGCGGGCCAAGAUCCGGCUCGAGACCAUCGAGGAAGACAUCGUCAAGCUCAUGGGUAAGCUCGAAGCUGUCUACGCCUCUCAUCUUCCGUCGUCAGUCAUCGGCCCGCGCAAGAAGGAGCUCCUCGCCAAGUGGAACAAGCUCGAGGCCGAGAAGGCGCGGAUCCUCUCGUCGGGGUAAGCCGUCGUCCUGUCCACCACAUGCUCUGGCCAAUAAGAUGCUGGACUGCAGCUAUGAAGCGUACACGAAAGCCGAUCCAUCGCCAGCCGCCUGGCCUGUUUAAACCCAUAACAGGAGCAG